CUAUUACUAUUAUUAAUGGGGUGCCACAGGCGUUUAUUGAAUGAUAGUGACGUUCAGAUUAUUAUUAAGGAAUUCAUCAUGUCAUCAAUUACUAAAAAUUAUUAAGAGAAAUCCUUUCCAGUUCUACACAUAUGAUCUUAUGAUCCUACUAUGCCCCACCUUUCGGUAACAAGCGAGGAGGUGCCCAACACACUUGCCCUCACUCUAUCCUUUUUUCCUGAGUCUGACAAGGGAACUGGCCGGGAUUUAGGCGUCACUCGGCGAGGACUACAACUCCCAGCAAGCCCCGCGCCCGACCGGGGCCGGAUGAAUGACGGGACCGCGGCGGUAGUGACGUUUCCCGAGGGCGGGUAAUUUCGACUGGCGGGAGAAGAGCGGUUACGGUUGGCAGUGACUGUGCCGGGUCUGAAGCUCCCGGAACCGCGAUGGCUCAGCCAGACGAGGACCGGUGGCCUUCGCGCUUGGUCGAGAUGAAAGCAGUAGAUGACUUGCUGAGAUGUGGGAUUUGCUUUGACUAUUUCAACAUUGCAAUGAUCAUUCCUCAGUGUUCACAUAACUACUGUUCUCUUUGUAUAAGAAAAUUUUUGUCCUACAAAACACAGUGUCCAACCUGUUGUGUGACAGUCACAGAGCCUGAGCUGAAAAAUAACCGGGUAUUAGAUGAACUGGUAAAAAGUUUUAGUUCAGCACGGAAUCAUCUGUUGCAGUUCACCCUAGAUUCACCACCAAUAUCUCCUCUGCCUUCCUGCACAAAAAAUAUUUCUGGCAAAAUCCAAGUUCCUAAAGUGCACAUGCGUUCUUCCUUCAGACAGGAAAACAGAAUGAUGGAUUCUUACUUGGUAAAAGAAAUUCAUUCUUCUAUUAAAACACCAGAGAAGCCAAAGAGAGUCAAAGAAGGCAAAGUCAAUCCUAUAGGAAAAAAGCUCUGCAGUUCUGCAGAGAUAAAAGGGGCAUCAAGUGAAUCAAGGGAGGCUCAAAGGUCCUCUUCUGUUGAUGGCCCUGAGAAACCCUCUACAUCUGCUUUAAAGGAAGUGACUAAAGUGGAAUGCCCUGUUUGCAGUGUGAGCAUCCCUGAGGCCUACAUAAAUAAGCACUUAGAUAGCUGCUUAUCACGGGAGGACAAGAAGGAAAGCCUUAGAAGUUCUAUUAAUAAAAGGAAGACAAUGCCCAAAAUUGUUUACAACUUACUCUCUGACCGGGACUUAAGGAAAAAGCUCAAGGAAUACGGACUCUCUAGUCAAGGGAACAAACAGCAGCUUAUUAGACGGCAUCAAGAAUUUGUGCACAUGUACAAUGCCCAGUGUGAUUCUUUACAUCCCAAGUCAGUUGCUGAAAUAGUUAAAGAAGUUGAAAAUAUGGAGAAGACUCGAGUACGUCUUGAAUCAAAUACACUGAAUGAAAAUGUCAUGGUAUUUACAAAGAACCAGACAGAAAAAGAAAUAGAUGAUAUUCACAGUAAAUAUCGUAAAGAACAUCAGAAUGAAUUUAAACUUCUAGUGGAUGAAGCAAAAAACCGGUAUAAGAAAACUGGCAUACUACUGACCAAACAAAUAAAGCAGCAGGUAGAGGAAUCCAUGGAAGAGUUAUUGCCAGUAACCAUUGGAGGAGAGGAUAGUAAACCAAUACUCACAGAUCUAAGCCCAGCUACAGUCCAGUUACCCCAAUCAAAAGUGGAAUCCCAGAUAGAGAUGGAACAGGAUGCAAUAGAUGACUCUUCUAAUUUAUCUGAAGUUCAGGAAACUCCUCUGUUCACCACAUCAGAAUCAGGAAGCAGCUCCAGCUCAGACAUCAUAAGAGACCUCAUAGAGGAAAAGGAGUUUUUGGAAUCAAGAAGCAGAAAUAAAAGCAAGAUGAUGACUGCUAGAAAAGCAUGUCGUUCAAGGACACCAGAAAGAGACUGUAGCAAUAGAAGAAGUCUGGAUGUCAGUGGGAAUGAAGCCCAAUGGCCCAAAUGAAAAAAGCUAACAAGAGGAGAAAAGGAAUAAGCCAGUCACAGGAGGCUCCCACACACUGAGUUCUCCGUAUUUCCCAUCUGUUGUCGCCACUCAUUACUUGGACCCAGACAGAAAAGGAUAUGAGCAAGGAGGCAGCAUGGGAUGGUGAAGCCUCCCUGGUUUUGGAGUCAGAAGAAUUGGAUUCCAGUCCCAGCUUUGCCACUAACUGUGUGAACAAGAGUAGGUGAAUCCCAGUCUCGAGGCUUCAGUUUUCACUUCUGUGGAGUGAGAGGGGAAGAUGCUCUUUUUGGUCCUUUCCAGCUUUUGUGUUCUGUGAGUCACAGAUCUUAUUCUGAAAUGCAGGAUCUGUAACACAAAAGCCAAAGGGCCCCUUUCUCUCAGUUCCAGAAGGCUUUUUUUUUCCUCAUGGGGGCCUGGCUUCUUUAGGAAAUGAAACAUUUGUAUUUAGAGACACAAGAGAGAAAGUCUUCCAUUCACCCUCUCUUACUCAUUCAUCAACCUUUUCCCUAGCCUUCUUGUUCCAGACACUUUGAAUCCUGGAAUCAAUCCUUGUUUUACUGCAUAGCUGUAGGCUUCACACGCAAGCUGACCUGUGGGAUUUUCAGAGCAAUGAUUCCAUUUAUUUAGUGCGUAGAAGUUAUUGCUAAGGCAGCCACUUGGCCCAGUCUUCUCAUUUGAUGCAACUCUACUGUUCUAUAUUUGUUAUUUCCCUUUUUAUACCACUUUACUAGCAAUCCCACCCAAUGAGCAUUUAUUAAAGCACCUAAAACGUGCAAGGUGUGUAGUACUAGAUGUUGAUAUACAAAGGAUAUACAAAGACAAACUAAGAACUGAGAACUAAGAACUGCCUUAAAGAACUAUACAUCCCGGUGAGUGGAUGGGUACUGGCUCUGUGAUAUUCUUGUUACCGGGAGGAACUAACUCUUCCAAUGCAGGUUGGCACCUUUUCUGCAACCUAAAGAAUAAGAGAUUAAAUGAGUUAUCCAGGACCAGAGAGCCAACAUGUGGGAUGGGUGGAACUUGAAUUCAAAUCUUCCUGAUUUUAAGGCCAUUACCUAUCUACUAUGCUACAAUGUCUGUCUGUCAAGGAACUUAUAUUCUACUCAUUGAAUACAACAUAUAAACAAAUUUUAGAAAUUUGCAGAUCUAGAAC